GCUCGCCAGACGAACAUUCCAUUAGUAAGGUUAUCUGUCAACUAAAUAAUGUCGACAAAGAAAAAAGUAACAAUUUUAAAUGUAAAUAUUUAAUAUAUACUUUUAGGAAUACUAAAGAUUUAUGUAAAUUCUGUUUCAUAUAGUUAGAAUAGAACUCGUAGUACAUUAAUAAUAUAAAUGUACAUUACAUGUCACUUAUGUUUUUAAAUAUUAAUAAAAACACACGUGUUACCUGAUUUAAGAAUUUUACGAUUAUCUAAUAUGGACUUUGCAAGAAAACAGCUGGAAAAAUAUGGAUGGGCAGAAGGAAAAGGAUUAGGAAAGAAUGAAGAUGGUAUUUCAAAAGCAAUUCGACCAAAAUUAAAAUUUGAUAGUGCUGGAAUUGGUCAUGAUCAAGCCGAACAAUUUACUUAUCAUUGGUGGGAAAAUGUUUAUAAUCAAGCUGCUAAUAAUAUUAAUGUAAAGAAAACAAAGGAUUCGAUAUCAGUAGAAUUAAAAGACGAUUCAAUAAAUAUCACAACAAAAAAGUAUACAAAGUUUAAAAAGAGUAAAAACAAGGAUAAUUCGAAUACAAUGGAAUAUGGUGUGUUCUUAAAAAAGUCUACUCUUACUCCAUCGGGAGUAGAGUUAAUUGAAGGAACGCAAGAAGAAAUAAUUGAAGAAGUCACUGAUGAUACCUCAAAACCAAAGUCAAAACGUAACAGUGGAAUUAGUUCCUUAACUGAUGAAGAAAUAUUUGCAGCCUGUGGCGGUCGAACGGCUCAUAAAGGUGCUCGUCACGGAUUGAAUCUAAAAGGAAAAUUAGCGCGUAUCGAAGAACAGGAAAGAGAAUUAUUAAAGAAAAUGCAAGAAAGAAAUUCGGAUGCAAAAACACAUGUUAGUAAGAAAAAGUCUAAAGUAUCACCAUUAUUAAUAGAAAAAGACGAAGAAGUUCCUGCUAAAAAACAACAAACGGAUCCCUUUUCAAUUGGAUUAAACGAUUCGCUAAUUGAAAUUGGACCAAAAUUAAAAAAAUCUAAAAAGUGUGAAUUUUGUAAUCAUAAACGAUGCCGAUGUAGUGUAUUUGACGCCGAUUCCAGUAAUACGAACGUAAAAAAAUCUGAAUUGGGAAAACGAAAAUUGAAUGGCAUACACGAUUCGUUACCAGCGUAUGUAGGCGCUGAUUCAAAAUACGAAAGAGUACGAAAUCCAAACGAAGAUACGAAAAUUUAUGAAAGUCCACAAUCAGAAAAUGCACAAAAUAAACGCAGAAAACUUGGUACAUCAUCGAUAGAAGAAGAACAAAAAUCUGUUGUUAAAAAUACAUCGUCAAUUAAACAACAUAAAAUAAAAAAUAAAAAAGGAAAAAGAAUGAAAAAACAAUUGCUUAAAAUUUCGGAUUCACUAGAAAAGUUUAACAUGUCGGAUUAACUAAAAUUGUGUUUUAGAACAAUUAAAAGAAAAUUCCGUCUUUAUUUAUUUUAAUGUUAUUUUAAAAUAAUAAA